CAUAGGCUAUGCUCCCGCGUGUUUGAUGUAGCAUUGGUUCGUUAAGAUACACGUGUUGUUUCUACCUGCUUAAAAAUGGCUGACAGUGAUAAAAGUAAGAAAAAGAGUAAGAAGAAAUCGCUUGGAGAAAUACAAGCGGCAAUGAAGUGUCAGCUUGAACCCUCCAGUGAACUUGUAAAGCUUGAAUACAAAGACUGGCCUCUUCUGUUUAAGAAUUUUGAUAAAAUGCUUACUCGUACAAAACAUUUCACCCCUUUAACCAGUGGCUCGACUCCAUUGCAUCGUACGUUAUCUGAAUAUGUAAAAUCUGGUUGUAUUAAUUUGGAUAAACCGUGCAAUCCAUCCUCGCACGAAGUUGUAGCAUGGAUAAAGAGAAUUUUGAAAGUAGAAAAGACCGGACACUCUGGUACUUUAGAUCCUAAGGUAUCUGGUUGCUUAAUAGUAUGUAUCGAUAGAGCAACUAGAUUAGCUAAAUCGCAACAGACUGCUGGUAAAGAAUACGUUGCAGUCUUCAAACUACAUUCUGCUCCUGAAAGUAUUCAAAAGGUAAAUCAAGCAUUGGAAAAAUUACGCGGUGCUCUGUUUCAACGGCCUCCGCUUAUAUCUGCGGUGAAGCGCCAACUUCGUGUCAGAACAGUAUAUGACAGUUGGUUCCUUGACUACGACGAGGAACGGAAUAUGGGAGUGUUUAGAGUUAGUUGUGAGGCUGGCUCUUACAUUAGAACUAUUUGCGUUCAUCUCGGUCUCUUCUUAGGCACUGGUUGUCAAAUGCAAGAGCUACGUAGAAAUCGUUCGGGCGUGCAAUCCGAGAAAGAUGGAAUGGUUACUAUGCAUGAUAUACUUGAUGCUCAAUGGUUGUAUGAAAAUCAUGGAGAUGAAUCGUAUUUAAGAAGAGUAAUUAAACCUCUGGAAGCUCUUCUUGUAAAACACAAGAGAAUUAUCGUAAAAGAUAGUGCAGUAAAUGCUAUUUGUUAUGGGGCUAAAAUUAUGCUGCCAGGUAUUCUGAUGUAUGAUGAUGGUAUAGAACUGAACCAGGAAAUUGUAAUAGUAACUACAAAAGGCGAAGCUAUAGCACUUGGUAUAGCUUUAAUGACGUCCCCUACAAUGACAGCUUGUGAUCAUGGUAUAGCUGCAAAAAUAAAGAGAGUAAUCAUGGAAAGAGAUGCAUAUCCAAGGAAAUGGGGUUUGGGACCAAAAGCUUCUGUAAAAAAACGCAUGAUAAUUGAAGGAAAAUUAGAUAAAUAUGGAAAGCCGAAUGAAAAUACACCCGCCGAUUGGUUGACGAGCUAUGCAGACUAUUCUACAGUUACAGUAAAGACCGAGGAAAAUGGUACUGUUGCUGCAGCUACGGCACAAAAGCGUAAAUGGCAAGAGACUGUUGUUUCACAAUCUGAAACAGAUGUUCCAAUAAAAGAAGAACAGCCUGAAGAUCCAGAAACAGUAUCACCGAAAGAGAAAAAGAAGGAGAAAAAAGAGAAGAAGAAGAAGAAAAAGAAAGAGGCAACUGAAUCCGAAGCUGAUAAUUCAAUGGUAGUGGAAACCGAAACUCAGGAAACACCAGUUAAGGAAAAGAAAAAAAAGAAAAAGAAAGAUAAAAAUCAAGAUCAAGAAGCACCAACAUCUAGUUGAAAACGUUUUUU